AUGCACCAAUUCUCCCAUACCGAUGCCAUUGCGGCCAACAACAAGGUGUUCGAUGAAGACUUCGCCAUCAAGUAUGAGAACACCGAGGGCAUGCAGGUGCUGAGUAGGAUCAUGGCCAAAAUUGUUCUCGAGUUCGACGUAAGUGGACCCCGCAAGACCCGCGAGGAGUCCGCUAGCUUGAUGGGGGACCCCCAGACGUUGUCGAUCGGAUCCAAAGCCCAGCACAGUGCUCCCUCGGAAGACUUCCCUUACCCGUUGAUUAGACCCGGGAUCAAACUCAUGGACUUUGCCUGCGGCACCGGGUUGUUCACACAGAGGCUUUUUCCUUACUUGCAAGGUGACUCUCACACAGAAGUGGUGGGAAUAGACAUCAGCAGACCGUUCUUGGACUCGUUUGACAAAAAGGCCGCUGCCAACAGAUCCGAGCGAUUAUCCAUCUCUUCUUAUCUCUAUGAUAUCAUUGACCCUGCCAAACAGGCAGAGUUGGAUGCGAAGUUCGGGGGCCAGUUUGACGUGAUCGUGUGUACUAUCUCUUAUCACCACAUUGAGAACUACAGGGACGUCACCAAGAAGUUGGCCACGUUCUUACGGCCUGGCGGAUGGUUGUUGAUCUUGGACUUCUACAACGAAGACGUCGAAUCCUGUGAACAAAGUGAGAAUGCCACCAAUGCCGUGAGACAUAUGGGGGGCUUGAAAGUCGACUCCAUGAACGAUACUCUCGGCCCCUAUUCUGGUCUCAUCAAUGUUUCCAGUGCCAGGGAGACCAGAGCCCACUUAUGGCAAAAGAGAGAGUUCAUUGAGAAUCACUUGACCAAGAGUGUCAACGAAAAGAUGGAUGCAGGCGAAUUGAAUUCCAAGCUCGAUGCUAGCGGCGAUACCGUAUAUUUGGUAGAGGUCAGCUUUAUCUUGGCAGUUGGCCAGGCAGGGCCCACUAACAAAUAA